AUGGCUCCUGUUUCACCGGCGCUUGGCGAAAAACCAGAGAAGUUUACAGUACUCUCAAUGUCUGCUAAUUUGAACAACAUCCCCAUGCUUACUGGCAUAAAUUUUGGACAAUGGAAAGAGUAUAUUAUAGUACUAUUGGACUGCAUGGAUCUGGAAUAUGCCUUUAGGCAUGAUCGCCUUGCACCUUUAACUGAUGAUUCAACUGUGGAUCAAAAGAUGAACUUUGACAAGUGGGGGUUGUUGGGGCAAUCUAAUAGCAUGAGUCUGAUGAUCAUGAGAAUGUCAAUACCAGAAUCACUAAGGAGUUCGAUAACUGAGCAAGAGGAUGCUAAAACCUUCCUUAAGGAAUUAGCAGAUCGAUUCGCCUCAAAUGAAAAGGUCGAGACUACUACACUUCUCAUGAAAUUAGUGUCCACGCGGUACACAGGAAAGGGUAACAUUAGGGAGUACAUCAUGGAGAUGUCUAACCUGAUUACAAGGCUUACGACAUUAAAGUUAGACAUGUCUGAAAGUGUCCUUGUGAACCUCAUCUUGAUCUCUCUGCCUACACAAUUCACUCCUUUUAAGAUUAGUUUUAAUAUUCAAAAGGAAAAAUGGACACUAAAUGAGCUCAUAGCUCAGUGUAUACAAGAAGAAGAGAGAUUAAGAGGUGACACAUCUCAAAGUGCUCACUGUGCAUCCUCAUCUCAAUAUUCAAACAAGAAAAAGAAGAAGGGUAAUGGUAAAAGUAAGGGUAAACAACUUGCAGUGACUGGGGCUUCAGGGCAUAAAGUGCAAAAGCAACAAGAUUCAGACCCAACUUGUUUCUUUUGUAAAAAGAAAGGUCAUCUUAAGAGAUUUCCCUAG